AUGACCCUCGCCAGCGGCGCUCCCACCGAGCCCUCGUCGCCGGUCCCCGAGUCGGGCAUCCUCUUUACGCCCGCACCCAAGACCAGCAACCUGUUCGCGGCCCGUGCCAUCAAUGACUGCGGCGACUCGACCUUUGAGAACCAGUCGUCGGGCGGCUCGCCGCGCGUCGCCGAUUGCUGGCGGUUGCACGACAACAUCGCCGGCGACGGCACCUGGACCGUGUGGGGUCCCAACCACCGCACCCUCGCGACGUACGGCACAUGCGCGUUCGGCGUGACGUGCGACAGCGCCGGGCCGACCGAGAUCGGCAACGGUGACAUUCGCGAUCUCGUGCGGGACUCCAUCAACCGCUUUGGAGGCGCCGGCGUGGUGGGUGCCAAAGGCAGGAUGAAAUGUGAGUCGCCUUUUGGCGUGUGGGUGGACGUCGAGUGGGGUCUUUACCAUACUUGA